AUGCCUCUCCCCAUCCAGAUUGCGUAUAAGCCAAUCGGCAAGCCUGAAAUCGGCACCAACAACUACCAGGGUUUUACGCCAGGUCGGACCGAAGUCCUGCCCAAAGGUUGGAACGGCUACGACGCGAAGCCCCUUGAAAGCGACAUUCGGAUCGAUCACGAUGUUGAGAUCAAAGUUCGAGACGGCUGCAGACUCUACAUUGAUGUAUACCGUCCGGCGGACAGCACCGAAAAGAUACCCGCUAUAGUCGGCUGGUCACCCUACGGCAAGAAAUACAGUGCUCUUACCAUGCUCCCCAUGACGCCCUGGUCUUGCUGCGUCAAAAAGAGCGAACUCAGCGGCUUGGAGAAGUUCGAGGGCCUCGAUCCGCAACGAUGGUGCCCGAAAGGGUAUGCCAUCAUCAGCGUCGACAGCAGAGGUGCCGGCAACAGCGACGGUCAGGUCCCAAUUAUGGGCUUGCAGGACGCCGAAGACGCUUAUGACGUUAUCGAGGCCAUUGCAAAGCUCGAUUGGUGCAAUGGAAAUGUCGGCAUGGCGGGCAACUCUGCGCUCGCCAUUGCUCAAUGGCAUGUUGCCGCCCUCAACCCACCAUCUCUGAAAGCAAUCGCACCAUGGGAGGCGAGUGGUGAUUUGUUCCGGGAGCAGUUUGUCAGGGGUGGCAUUUUCUCCAUGAGCAACUUCGAUCUGAUCACUAGCCUCAUCAUCAAAGGCACCUCGGGUGUGGAGGACUUUGCGGAAAUGUACCGCCGAAGUCCACUCUCCAAUAUCUGGUGGGAGGAUAAGCGCGCAAACAUGAAGGCUAUCAACAUUCCCGCCUACAUUUCCGGCUCAGACUUUAGUUCUAUCCAUACCAUGGGAAGCAUCAGAGGCUUCAUCGAACUCGGCUCUUCUGAGAAGUGGAUCCGAUGGAGCGCUUGGCAGGAGUGGUUCGAUCUUUACAGCGUCCCAGAGACGAACGAGGAUCUGGCCAAAUUCUUCGAUAGGUACCUCAAAGGCAUCGAAAACGAUUGGGAGAAGACGCCCAAAGUGCGAUGGACAUCUCUAAAGUUUGGCGACCAAGAACCGGAGAGCGACAUCAUUUUCGAAGACUUCCCUCCACCAAACACGGAUUACAAAACCUUCUAUCUCGACAAUGGCACCCUAUCCGAGUCUGCUCCCUCAAAUACUUCGAAGACAUCCUACAACUCGGAAGAUGGCAAUUCGCUUGCCAAGUUCACCUACACUUUUGACAAACCGUCUCGUCUGAUUGGCAUACCAAAAGCAGUCUUGUUCUUGUCAUGCCCUUCCCACGACGACAUGAACGUGUUUGUCAACAUCAGGAAGCUUGACAAGGAGGGCAACCCGAUGAUGCACCUCUGCUUCCCAUUCUGGGCUGCGCCCGUCAAGUCGAUUCACGACAUCCCCAAAAAGGACCAGAGCAGUACAAACUUGCACCUCGGCUCCGUAGGCCAGCUGAGAGCAUCUCAUCGGAACACGGACCCGGAGCGAUCGAUGCAUCCCCAGUUUCCAUUCCACCCCCAUGAUCGAGAAGAUAAAAUUCCACCCGGCACCAUUGUGGAAUUGGGGAUUGGCAUCUGGGCCAUGGGUGUAGAUUACGAGGCGGGAGAAUCUGUUCAGGUGCAGAUCGGUGGCCAGUUCCCUUCUAUUGCUGAGUACAAGGCCUUUUCGAGCGAGCGUCCGGAUUCUGAGAGGAACAAGGGCGAGCAUUUCAUUCAUUGCGGGCCGGAACAACAAAGUCGCAUCAUCCUGCCUUUCAUCCAUUCGUAA